CCGACAACGAUCGCCGCUUCCCCCCUCAAACCCCGCGGCUGAGACAGUGCGGGUAGUGGUGGCUACUGUGUGCGUGUGAACGAGAGAAGAAGCCAACAGCAGCAGCAGCCAGAAGGAGUCGCUGCCUCGCCACUGCCUGUCGGCGAUGGGCUCCGUCUCGCUCAAUAUUCGUGACGGCACCGCCCGCUUCCGUCGCGCCACCCUCUGCUCCUCCGCUGUUCACCUUCUGAUGCUUGCCUCUGUCCUUACUACGAACCUCUUCGCCCUCUAUGCCUUCACCUCCGCCCCCUCCCCCUCCGCCGCCCCUGCUUUCUUCCGCCACCACCCUGGCGUUGGCGGCGGCCGUGGCAACGUCUCCGUCAUAUCUGAUCACGUCUCACUUAUCGUCCGCGAGAUCGAGGCCUCGGAGCGCCGCCUCCACAUGAUCGAGCGCGAGCUCGCCGGGUACGACAUUCUCGACACCUCCAAGCACUCCCUCCCCUCCGAGCUCAAGCUCUUCCUCGCCCACCACCCCCUUCCCCUCGGCCGUGACGCCCGCUCUGGAAUCACCGAGAUGGUCGCUUCCGUCGCCCACUCCUGCGCCCGCUCCCCUGCCGCCGAGCUCCUCGCCCGCUACAUGUCCUACAGGCCCGCCGCUCCAUGCCCCACCGACGACUACCUCCUUCCCCAGAAACUCGUCGCGAAGGCGUGUGAGCCCCUUCCCCGCCGCCGCUGCCUCUCCCGCCCCGCAGCCUCCUCUGCCGCCAUUCCUCGCCUCUCCUUCGCCCAGUCCCUCUGGAACCCGGGCGCCAAGAACCCCGGCGCCGGCAUUUACGGCAUCGACAAGCAAAUGUGGGUGAAACCCAGGAGUAAAAACGACUUCUUGAUCGACGAUGUCCUGGCUCUGGGCAAUGGCGGGAUCCGGAUCGGGUUCGACAUCGGAGGUGGAGCUGCUAACUUCGCCGCCAGGAUGGCCGAGAGGAACGUCACCGUGGUGACGUCCACCCUCGAGAUAGGCGGAAAGCCGAUGAAUGAGUUCGUGGCGGCUCGGGGCCUCUUCCCGCUGCUCCUCUCGCCGGCUCAGAGAUUUCCCUUCUACGACUCGGUGUUCGAUCUGGUGCACGCGAUCAACGCGUUGGACGAGGGCGGCGCCCCGUCGCUGGGGCAGGCGAGCCGCACCGAGGUGCUCGAGUUCUUCAUGUUCGACAUCGAUCGGGUUCUCAGGGCCGGCGGCUUGUUCUGGCUCGACAACUACCUCUGCGCCGACGACGACAGAAAGCGCACGGUCACAAGACUACUAGAGAGACUCGGGUACAAGAAACUGAAAUGGGUGGUGGACGAGAAGGCCGGCGCGAGCUCAUCGGGGAAGACGCAGAUACGUCUCUCGGCCGUGCUGCAGAAGCCAGCGAGAAGUCGAACUGCGUCGCAUUCGCCGGAGAACAGGUGAUGGGUCGAUUCUUUAGAUUCAUGCCGACCGAAUUGGUCGGCCGGUCAUUGCAUCCAACAGGUUUGGUCGUUUGCUGUAUUCAAAAUAAGAGAAACAUGGGGCUAAUUAUGAGUGUAAAGUCACUAAUUACGUUCAUUAGGAAGGUGAUGCAAAGAAAGAAGCAACUAUUCUAUGCUUACAGGAGCAAAUCUGCACCGCAUUGUCUUCAAUUCAGCUUGUGUAUCAAUCAUUGGUUACUCAUUGAUUAACCAUUUU